AUGAUAAAAGGAGGAGCAUUACAAAUACCUAUUUAUAAAGAGAGAAAAAUGAACAGACACAAUGUCGUUAUUACAAAAUACAUUUAUAUCACAGUUACAUUUGUUGUAGUCCAUGAACCUGGUACAUAUCCAGAUUUAGAACGUGAAGGAUUACAUGUUGAACCAGGGAAAUUAAAUGAAAUCAAUUAUCAACCAGUUUUAUGGAAACGAUUGAAUACACCGCAAAAUCCAUGCCGUGAAGAGUUUAUCGAUCGUAAUCCAGAAUUGGCUAGUAUCACUGAUCAUAAAUUAUCUCGUUUAACUGGUUUAGAUUUUGCUUAUGCCUACAAUGAUUUAAAUGUAUCUUAUAGAUAUACUCAAUCUCAGUGUAUAUUAUUUCAUCAACAAGAAGACAUUAUUAAAGAAUGUGGGUGUCAAUAUAUAUACAAUCCUAGACCACAAUAUCCUUCAAGUAGUCUUCCAUAUUGUGGUUCAAUACUGGAAGGUGAUUUCGAUAUAUUGGCACUGGCUAAACGUAUUCAAUGUCUUACAAGUGGUCCUUUAAAUGUAACAGUUCGACGUUUGUAUGAAUCAACCAUGUGUCAUCCAAGAUGUCGAUAUUAUACAUACGAGAGUACUAUCUCAGUGACAACAUGGAGAGCUGUUGAUUGGCAAUUACAUUGGCUACGACAAUUGAAUAGAGCAUUCAAAGCAAUGCAACAUGAUGUGAAAACAAAUGGAGAAGAUUGGAAUAUCACUCAAAGUAACGGUUUUCAUCGAUGGAAAGAAUAUUAUGAAAAAGAUAAUUUAACAAAUAUAUCGGCCAAUGCAAUCAAUGAUUUAAAUCUUCAAGGUGAUAAUUUCGCUUACGUCGUCCUAAAACGUCGUGCCAGCGAUGUACGUGUUAGUCAAGAGAAAUUAGUUUUAAGUAUUAGUGUAUUGCUUAGUCGUAUCGGUGGUCUUUGUUCAUUAAGUAUUGGCUUGACUGCAGCGUUUAUUGUCGAGUUGAUAGAAUUUGUUUAUCGAUUAGGCACCACAGAACGAUCAACCAGUCGACGUCCACACAAUCAUGAUAAUAAUAACAGCAAUAACACUAAUACUAAUGUAACUUCAAGUGAAGGAUAUACACAAACCAGUAAAAAUCAAUUGUAA